UGCCGCGCCGCUCGGUCCCCUCAGUCCAGUCCGCUGCUGCUGUUGCUGGAACGUGUGUGUACGCACCCGCUCGUCCCCGCUCCGCACGCUCACGACCGACUCAACCGCCGGCCGGACCGAAAGGUUCGCCAGCGACCUCACCAGCGUCCUCACCCCUCCACUGUCAGAGAACAGGUUGAGCCUCAUUCGUCAGGCCUUUCAGAAGAUGGACAAGACUGGGGACGGAGUCAUCACCGUAGACGAUUUGCGAAACGUCUACUCUGUGAAGGCUCACCCACAGUUUCAAAGUGGAGAACUCACAGAGGAACAGAUUUUGGACAAGUUUCUUAGUAACUUUGACACUGAGAAUGCCUCUGACGGAAAGGUGACAGAGGAGGAAUUCAUCAAUUACUAUUCAGGAGUGAGUUCCUCCAUUGACGAAGAUGGAUACUUUGACCUCAUGAUGCGACAAGCAUGGCGCCUCUAGAUGGCUGUGUUUAAACUAAUCACCACUGCCUACCAUUCACUGUACAGCAAUAGGUUUGGCUGCACUAAUUUAUGUCAAAGUCUUACUUACUUACUCCAGCAGCAUUUGUGUAACGUUUUAAUUUUGUCUAUUUUGGGCGAAAACUUGAUAACUCAUUCUUAAAUCACAGUGCAUAGUGAAUGGAAUUUGUCACAAACUAGUAAAUUAUCUUUGCAUUCUUCAUUUCUAUUAUCUAAGAUUCAUCAUCUUGUUUGUUUUAAGUAAUUAUGAAUAAAGAAAUUAUAAAAGUU